CUUUGUCGUCAUUUCCCUCGUGAGGUCUUGUGCGAGCAGCCUUGCUGGGCAGGCGCUGCGGUUUUCGUGAAUCGUUUUGGUCGCUGUCGUACCAUCUUGCUUGUUCUCGUCAUCAUUAUAUUCCAUCUAGAGCUACAAUCACCGCCCUUGGCAUAUCGGCCUCUCGUCUUCUCCCGUUCAGCUCAUUUUGGCAUUUCAUCUGAAGCGUCAUCUUGCGGUUCUCGCAUGCAUCAUCAUCAUAAACCAUUUUAUCUCCGUCUUGAAUGAUACGCUUUUUCGUUCCUACACUAUAAUUCGCAGUACUUGAUUGGAGCUCGCGUGGACACUCUCUGCCUCUAAGCAACGAAUUCAUGAAUCUCGCACCGCCCGAAUCGAACCAUCCUUCCAACAUGUCCUCCCCGGCGCCGCUGCUGCGGCCACCCAUCCCCGGCGGUCAUCGCAACAAUAAUGGAGGACCUAAACCUCCCCGGUUGGGCCUUUCAAUUCCUCCAUCUCCUCGUGUCAAACCAGUAAAUGGCCCUGUGCAGCAGCUAGAACCGGUCCAACCACCUCCACAAAUGUAUCCGACCCAACACCAAACCCCUCCUCCGUCUCAACCUUCAUCUCAACCUCCGAUGCCUUCGACGAUGGCGCCUCCACCACUGCAGCCGCAGCCUCAUAGACCAGCCUUACCACGCCUUCAGCUUGCAACACCGAUGGGUGGAGCCGGUACUCCGCCUGCCAGCGUUCCAAUGCAGAAUGGCCGACGGCCAUCACUGCAGCCGCUCAUGGUUCCCACGGGCAGCAGCAGUUAUGGUGAGGCACAUUCGCAAUCAAGGUCGAGCAGCUUUAGCGGUCUAGAUGUUGGACGGGCUAGCGGUGUCGGCUCUGCUGUCACGUCUUCCUCGUUUCCUAAGCUCACCUUGAACAUGAAUUUUCGCCCGGCCCAAGGCUCGUCAGACCCCGUGUCCGCUGCUGGCUCGGUGUACUCGGAUCGAGCAUCGGGCGAUGGCGGUGUUGCGAUGGAGAGGGAUGACAGUAUGAACGGUCUUCCAGACCUUGAAAAGUUAAGCCUGGAGAAAGGCCGGCCUUUGGACGUGGAGGACCUGGAUGAUAAUGGCUGGCGAGCAGCUAGCAUGGAAAAGCGUAUCGUAGAAUUGGGAAGCCUUGGAGAGGGUGCAGGUGGUGCUGUCACCCGUUGCAUGCUCCGAGGAGGCAAGACGGUGUUUGCCCUCAAGAUUAUCACCACCGAUCCCAAUCCGGACGUCAAGAAACAGAUUGUUCGAGAGCUCAACAUCAACAAGAGCUGCAAUUCUGCGCAUGUCUGUCAAUACUAUGGCGCGUUUGUCGACGACUCCACCGGUACCAUUUCCAUUGCCAUGGAGUUCUGCGAGGGUGGUAGUCUGGAUAGUGUUUACAAAGAGGUCAAGAAGCUGGGUGGCCGCACAGGGGAGAAGGUUCUUGGCAAAGUUGCCGAGGGUGUCUUGAAUGGAUUGACAUAUCUUCACGGGCGAAAGAUUCUUCAUCGGGACAUCAAGCCAUCCAAUAUUCUCCUCUGCCGAAAUGGCCAGGUGAAGCUGUGCGACUUUGGCGUUAGCGGCGAGUUUGGCACCAAGGGUGACGCCAACACUUUUAUCGGCACAUCGUACUACAUGGCGCCUGAGCGAAUCACGGGACAAUCCUAUACUAUUACAUCGGACGUGUGGUCGCUGGGUGUCUCGCUCCUGGAGGUGGCGCAGCAUCGGUUCCCCUUCCCAGCCGAUGGAACGGAGAUGCAGCCUCGUGCGGGUCUGAUUGAUCUGUUGACGUAUAUUGUUCGUCAGCCAAUCCCUAAACUCAAAGACGAGCCAGAUGCAGGUAUCAGGUGGAGCGAGAAUUUCAAGUACUUUAUUGAAUGCUGUCUCGAAAAGGAACCGCGCCGAAGAGCAACACCCUGGCGGAUGCUGGAACAUCCGUGGAUGCUCGAAAUGCGGUCCAAGAAGGUCAACAUGGAACAUUUCCUCAAGCAAGUCUGGGAUUGGAAAGACUAGACUAUAGCAUAACCUUCGACAAAAAAAAGACAUAGAGCGCUCCCAGCAAUUGUAUAUUCGAGUUUCUUUUCCCCUCGACCAUAAGACUAUUUCGCGCUCAUUCGGCAUGCAAUCGCAUCUAAUGCCGAAGAAGAGCAUAAGGCAUUUCGAGUGUUACCUCGUACCGAUCAAACU